AUGAAAGCAUCAGUAAAGCUCCAAGAUCUUAACCAAAGCCACCAAAGGGCUCAACCUCACGCGCCGCUUCUCCUCCGUGCCAAAAUCCCCAUAUCAAUAUUCGAUCUCCCUUUUCUCUCUCACUUCUCCACCACCACCGCCCACCCUUCCGACCUCUCCCUUUCUCUCUCCACCAAUUUCCCCUCUGGACCAUCCCUUAAACUCUCCUACUCCACCACCACCACCUCCGCCGCCGCCUCCACCACCCCACCUCUCACUCUUACUCUUAAAUCAGGUACUGGCCUCUUUGGUUCCCCCAACAAGUCCCCCCUAGUUAUAAAUGCCAACUUCUCGUUUAACCCUUCCAAUCCUAACCACCCAAACCCUACUUUCUCUAUUAUGUUUAAACCACAAAUGGGCUCUUUUUCUCUCCGAAAAACCACCUUUUCGCACAAGAAAUCUGAUAUUAGCAACCAACCGGAUAAUGGGGAUGCCAGUUUUGGGACAAACUCAUUUGGGUUUGUGCCACUGGAGAGGCCUGGUAAUCUUAAAGAGUUUGAAGUCGAAAGGAUUGAUAAAGAUUCAGUUUUUAAGGGCAUUUCAGCGAUGGCGAGGACACAGAUGGUUGUUGCUAAGAGAGUGGCUUUGAAUUGUAGGUGGAAUGUGAAUUUUCCAGAGGAUUUCGAGAAGAAAAUGCCCUUCUUGAAAAUUAAUAAAAUUGGUAUUGAGAGGGUUGAUGAGGCUAUGAAGGAAGAAAAGAAAAAGAACGAGGGAAAUGCGGGUGAUUUGGAUGUGUUAAAGGGCAUGUGUUUUUGGAUGAAAAGAGAGUUGGAUGUCUUACAAAGAGAAAAUAGGGAGUUGAAAGGUGAGUUGGAGGAAAUGAAAGUGGGACAUUUAGUAAGGAAUAGUAGUGCUGCUAGAAAGAAUGGGAUGCCAGUAGUCGAGAGUCCUUCGGGUGAGUUUAAGGAGUGGAGGAACAAGAAGAGCUGUGAAGGGGAAGAAAAUGGGAAUGGGAAGAAAGAGGCAAAGAAGAAUGGUGCUCGACCCGGUGAUUUGGAGAAUGAGUUGCAGAGAGCCAUUAAGGCUGCUACUGCUUCAUGA